UGACGACGCGCGCACGGCAGGAUGCCCCAGGCCAAUUCUUCCCGCAACUUGGCACCACACAUCUAACACGGUUGUUAUUGAUGCCCUAGGCAAAACCAUUCGAGGCCCUGCUGAAACUGUACUUCGGCGUUUGGAGAAUUCUCCUCUCGGCCUUAUGUAUACCCGUUGAGCGGGUUGACGUGUUGGCUUCGUAAUGUCUAACGCUUGGCGUCUGUUGUGUUGCGAUGCACGUUUCGGCAAUGCGGAGAGGGAACGAAGGAUCGGUCUCCUCUCUGAUCUUCCCGCGCUAGUGUCGAUCUUCCACCAGAAGAGCUAUCUAGACUUUUCCAUCUACUUGGUCCUCUUCCCCUUGUUCGGUAUUUGAAAUACUUUCUUCAUUUCUUCAUUUCUUCUUCUUCCACUUUAGAGAUUCGUUUCUUUCAUCCUUUGGGUGUGGUCCUCUGUGAGGCUCUUUUUAAUCGUUUCAUUCUUCUUCUAUUCCAUCAUUUACCUCUAUACGGUACUAUUCAUUCUAUAUACGUUCUUCUUAAUAUCACUCUCUCAUUUUCCCGACUGGAUCGGUCGUUGCAACAACGCCUUCACUUACUGUCCACGACCUGCCAUAGACAGACAAACUUCAACGUCAUUUCCUGCUUUGCAAAGUUGAUCUGAUUUAAUACAUUAAUCUACCACACGAAUGUCAGAUGCCACCGUCACCACCACGACCAUCACACAAAUAUUCCGCUGUCCCUGCAGGAUACCACUCAAGCAUCGACACUUCCUCAUCGGCAAAUCUUACAGCCCCAACAACGAAACCCACCAAGAAGAUCAUGAAGACUAAAACACACUCGAGUCGUCGGUACGACAUGCUCCGCAACGUGGUGCCCAAGAGCUCUUCCUCAUCAGAGGAAACAGUGACCGCACUACCGAGAGAGAGCAUAGACUCGCGGUCUAGCACCGAAGUCGAAGAUAUCGAGAACGAAGCAGGACGAGAGAUGCGGUGGGCCAAGGAAGGCAGAACAAAGCAGCAAAAGCAGCGGGGGAUAAAAGGCUGGGGCCGAAAGAUAGGGAAGUGGAGAUGGGUCAUCGAUACAGGGCUGCUUCUUGUCGUCUUGGGAUUGCUUCUGGAUAGGAGAAGCGGAGGCGAGAGGAGCUGGGCCGGAGGAAGAAUGGGGGCUGAGGCUAUCGGUGGGGAUAUCACGGGGUUUGCACCGCGCUUCUCUCAACAAAUCGUGUCCUUCGCACCAAACGACACUUUUUCGCCGGAAGAACCGCUGGAUUGGUGGAGCAACAAGACGCAGCAAGCCUGGCUCGACAUCGUGCCAGAAGGUCUAGGCUACGUCCUCGUCCAAGACCCCGCAACCCACGCCAACCUCCCGUCUCCAAUCCACGACUACCCCAACCAAGCCGUCUACACGACCUCGCUGACGCACCAAAUGCACUGCCUCUACACGGUCAUGGAAGCCUACAACACGCUGCAGCUCUCCCUCUCCACCACCAUGCCUCCCUCCACCGCGUCCUCGCACUCGUCCUUCACCACCGACGACGCAGAGCUCAAAGUCAAGAUGCCCUGGCACGUCACGCAUUGCUUUGAGUAUCUGCGCCAGAGCAUCAUGUGUGCGGGGGACGUGGCGCUUGAAGGGGCCGCGACGACGUUUCCGAAGGGGAAAGGCGGGGUCGAUUUGGGCGGGAGCGAUGGCUGGGAUGCUAAGCAUGUUUGUAGGAAUUACGAUGAGGUUAAGGGGUAUUUGGAGGAUAAGGCUGUGUGGAGGAAGAAGUGGAUUAAGAGUGAGGAUACGGAGAUUGAGGGGGAGUGAGGGAUCAAUGGUUUCCCGACGGCUGAGGGAGGUUUCCUUUUUCUU